AUGAAAAUCCUUGUGGCAUUUCUGGUGGUGCUGGCUGUCUUUGGGAUACAAUCUCAUGGAUAUGAGGUUUUUAACAUCAUCAGCCCAAGCAGCAAUGGUGGCAAUGUUCAGGAGACAGUGUCAAUUGACAACGAAAAAAAUGUCGCCAUCGUUAACAUCCAUGCGGGAUCAUGCUCUUCUACCACAAUUUUUGACUAUAAACAUGGCUAUAUUGCAUCCAGGGUGCUCUCCCGAAGAGCCUGCUUCAUCCUGAAGAUGAACCACAAAGCCAUCCCUGCUCUGGACACACUCCAACGGUACAUCUACGAGAAACAGGCUCUGAACAACUUGUACUCCAACAAAUACACUUGGGUCAAGUACAAUCCUGUGGAGGCUCUGGUCACAGAUAUGGACUGGUUCCUGUUUGGGUCACCCAUUAAGAAUCUCUGCGAACAUAUCCCGUUGUAUAAGGGGGAAGUGGUUGAAAAACAGAGAGAAAAUACUGGUGCUGGAGGCUGUGCAAAGGUUGGGCUCCUGGGCAUCCUGGGAAUUUCCCUCUGUGCAGACAUUCACAUUUAGGAUGAUCAGCCCACUGGUCUCAUCUUUUCAAAGAAAUGCCCUGUUGUUUUCCACUCAGAAGCCAAAUUAAAUCCUUUCCCAAUGCCCCAACUAAUUUUGAUGUUCAGUAGUAAAAUAUAAAUGUUAUAUUUA